AGACACAACUUCACGUCCAUCUUCAAAUAAAGAAACACUUUUAACCAUUUCUUUACAAACAAAAUCUCAGUAUACAUCUGUUCCAGCGGUGAAAUCCACAGGAAAAUACGAGUCAGCAGAGUCAACAUCAACACUGAUAACAAAGGAAUUAUUGCCACCAAGAACUAUGGAUCAAACUAAAUCCACUGGAACGUUACUGACCACGCAGUUUAUUCAAACAUCGUCAUCACAAAAUCAAAAUACAACCAAAACUACUACAAGCACAAUUUUGCAUCCACCAACGGAGCAGGGUGUAUCUGUAAAUAUGAUGUCUUCACCCUCCGAGGCCUCGUCUGUUGCUACUGUUACAUUCAAAGGAAGCACACCAUCAACUGAGUCAUCUCUACCAACUACAACAACAGCAGAAACAACAUCUACUAAAACAACUUUUACCACAAACAUGGAGAGUGCCCCAAGUUCACUGUAUACACUGAUUUCCACGACCACUCAAUUUGCUCAGACAUCUCAAGUUCACAGCACUGAUACACAUGAAAUUAGUUCUAGGACAACUCUGAAUCCAUCAACUACCCAAGCAACACCUGCAUCAUUGUUGUCAUCACCAUCAAUCACCCCAUCUUUUACCACUGUGACAUCAGAAGAAAGUUCAGAGUCAACUGAGACAUCUUUACCCAUCAUGACAACUAAAAGAACAACUUUUUCAACAAUAAUCAGCAUUUCGCCAAGUUCCCCCUCUACAUUGCCUCCAACUAUUUCAUCUGAUUGUGAAGAAACAUCUUCAACAACUAAGUCCUCAGGCACAGGUGCAACUUUUCCAUCUGUUACCACAGUGAAAUCCACUGGGACAGUACAUUCUGCCAAAUCAACGACACCCCCGGUCUCUAAUACAACAACAGUUUCAACCAUUUCUUUACAAACGUUGAUCACAUCUACACGAACAUCACAUUUAGUGGCGUCCCCAUCCCCUCUUUCUACCAAUGGAACAAUUUCAAAGAGCACUAACAAAUUACCAGAUGCACCCACUACAAAUCCGUCUACAAAUGCUAAUGCAUCUCAGCUUCCAUGUUCAACAACAAGCCAGCCUACAUCUUUAUCAACUAAUGCAGUUUCUCCCAGUUUGUCCCAGCUGCCACCCCUGUCCUCCACCGUGCAAAAAACAAAUGACAAGCACACAACACACACUCUGACAACUUUCACUUCUACUGUCACAUCAAAUGGACCAACAUCAACCCUUCCACCUACGUCCACUUUUCAGACAAACUCGAGCCAAACACAUUCAGUUGUCUCUUCCAAAGCACCUAUGACUCAAUCAUCUCCUUCAGUUACCACCAAAGCAACAACAAGCAAAACAACUGGUCAUACUCCCGAGUUAUCCUCUGCCUCUGCAUCGAGUUCGAAGGCAUCAGCAUCCCCAGAAAUCUUCAGCACAAACAAAGCAACAGCCAUCAGUCAGAAAUCUUCAACCACUUUCCCCAUUUCAAAAGCCACUGGAGCUGUGACAACAAGAAGCACAACUUCUACAACUCUUCAGUGUACAGACUGCCAGUGUAAUGUGGGCGCCUGUAUAUACAAUGCAACUAUCAGCAGCUGUCAGUGCCUGUGUCAAAACUUUGUCUUUGGAGAUACCUGCAACUUUGGAGAAGAUGUCAUAUUUCCUCAAAUUGAUACUGGAGCUUUGCCAACUCGAAAAGCCAAUAUUACUUUGGUAGUCAACAUGGAAUAUAGAGAUGCUUUUAAUGAUCUAAACUCAACUGAAUCAUUGAAAUUCAUUGAGACCUUAAAACAGCAGCUUGAACCCCUGUGCAGACAGGCAGACCCGCAAUCCUAUAAAGCUGUACAUGUCAUCACGUUAUCAAAAGGAAGUGUUGUCACAGACAGUGUGGGGCAGUACACCUAUCAAAACAAUGAAACCCAAAUACAGUUUCUCAAUUCUCAACUUAAUCGUGUGUUAACUGACAUCUUGAAUGACACAAGUAACCUCGGCAAGAUUUCUGAGGUACUUGGUAACAUAAAGGUGUCUUUAAAUGAGCUCAUCUUUCCACUGCCUCCAAUUACAAACAUUUCAGACCUGGCACAUUAUAUAAACUGCUCUCAUUUUGCCAAUUACACUGUGGAGAUUAUAAAUGGUCAGUGGCAAUGUGUUGGACCUUGCAAUAAAAACCCAAAUUACUGCAGUCUACAUGGAGACUGCUUCAAUGAAGUUAACAUAGGGCCAGUUUGCAAGUGCUAUAAGAACAGCCUGGAGCAUUAUUAUGGUCCACGUUGUGAGAUGUUCCGCAGAAGUCCAGGUUUCUAUGGAGCACUUUUUGGAUCACUGGCAGCUGCACUACUCCUGUGGAUUGUCAUUAUCAUUACUGUCCUUGUUAAAAGAAGACAUAGGGGUGUUUGGAAAAGAAGCAGAUUCUUUAACAGAAGACUUUCUUUUGAAGAAGACUUUUUUGACUUCUCCAAUGAAGGCACUUACAGAAGACUUGCACCUCAACUAUGUCUAUCCUAACACUGGAUUUCAGAUUCCUUUGGAGGAAAACUCCAUCCAAGAGCUAAGGGACACCUUGUGAAACAUGCAGUUAAAGAGUUUUGUGUUUUUAAAUGUUGAUUAAUUUAAUUCAAUCUACAUGUUAGAGUGCGACAUCUGUCACUGAGACAAUCUUUGCACGUACGUGCUUUGUUUUUGUGUGUUUCCUGGUC